UUCCAAUCGAAUGCAUCCAAUAUACGUAACACGCUUUGGCGUAUAUACCUACAGAUAACCAACCUCAACGCCAAGUCGUCUCUCCAUAAACAAAAGAUCACAGGGGUUCAUCGACAUCCAAUAUUUCUCCGAUCAUGAAAGAAGCAGAAGCUGGCGAACGAUUAUUAGCAUACGCUGAUCCAUCUCCAUCAGCGUUUACUAAUCGCGAGCUAACAGCGUCCGAUAAUCCAGCUGCUGCGAUCAUCAGCCCUCACUUCUGUAGUUCCCAUUCUAUGGAUCUUGCAAUUGUCAGAAAAGUUUUAACGAUACGUGAGGGCAACUUUGUAGUCACCGAUAUCACUGGUAACAUGAUUUUUAAAGUACGAGGAUCUCUUUUAUUCAGCCUUCAUGACCGCCGAAUCUUGCUUGACACUGCCGGGUAUCCUAUUAUUACUCUAAGAAAAAAGUUGACGAGUGCACACGACAGAUGGCAAGUUUAUAGAGGGGAUAGCAAAGAAACCAGGGAUCUCAUCUUCAGUGCUAAGAAAUCUUCAGUCGUCCAAUUUAAGACCACAUUGGAUGUUUUCUUAGCACAUAACAUUACAGAGGAUGCACCAGACUUCAAGGUCAAAGGAAGUUGGCAUGAACAAUCCUGCUUCAUAUACGGGGGAAACUCCUCCACCAUCGUCGCCCAAAUGCAUAAGAAGCACACAGUUAAAAGCGUGCUGUUUGGGAAGGACAAUUUCGUGGUGACAGUGUAUCCUGGGAUUGACCAAGCAUUCAUCGUCGCGCUUAUUGUGAUUCUUGAUGAGAUUAACUGGUAAUCAAAAUUGAGGUGAUAAUUAAUUUGGAUCUACUUCUUAUGUUAAUUAUGAACAAUGCAUCUUUGUCUUUUGUUUUUUUUUUUUUUUUCGGUGAGAGAAAGUUUAUGGAGAGGGAACGCUACUCCAUCUCAGAACUAAAAUGUACUAUAAGCCUUUUUAAGGAUUUACAAAGUGGUUUUAGGUCAUUUUAUUAUUUUUACAAAAUGUCCACCAACAGAAAUUGCUGGCAGUUUAAAUCUUGAUCUAGAGAAGGGAAUGAUCUUUCU